UCUUGCACUGUCUAAAGCUCUCAGUCUAGCGGCCCAAGAUGUAAGGUAGGAGGUCCUGAACAGAGCAGACACAACAGAAACCUCAAACACCAUGUUUGUCAAAUGAGUAACAAUCUUUUUCCUUCUUACCACGGACUAAGAUUUUGACAAGGAAAUGUCUCAGGUAUUAGACAGGAAAUGGUUCGAUUCAAACACUUUUAACAGAAGUUUCCGGUUUCCUCAGUCCCUGCAUUCCAACAACAAGGAGCAUUCGUCACAUACCUUCAUUGAAUUAAAGCAAAGACCGGUCUCAGUGGAAUAGUGAGAAUAUCCUGGCUUGACAAAGCAGACUAAACUAGGAAAACAUAACGGUUACACGGAUGGACUUGAUUGCCCCAUAAAAUCCCAGUCUUUAUCCCAACCUGUUGCGCCAGGAUGGCACACCCCAGCUCACUCUUGGUCACGGAUGGGGCAGCGGUGAGUCAGAAUGAAGUGGAUCAAUAUAUACUUUCUGGCGUGUCUGAAGAAGAUACAUGUGAGUCGGAGUUUGCGAGGAAGUUUGAAGUCCUCCCGUCCACCAUCUGCUCAGUAUGCCUUUUGUUCGGCCUCAUCUACUGCUUUUUCGGAUACCGCUUCAUUAAGAUGGCCAUGUUCCUGUCUGGCUCCAUGUUUGGGUCUGCUUUAGUCUGCCUGGUGUACCAUAAGGAGCCAGUGCUGGAAGCCCAGCUGACUGCAGAGGCCAAGGCAGGCAUCCUGUUGGGGGUGGCUGUGCUCUGUGGCCUGGCUACAAUGCUGAUACAGACAGUGGGACUGGUCAUUACUGGCCUACAGCUUGGGGUCCUGCUCUGCCUGGCCGCAAUGCUGGUCGCCGGGCAGUUUCACAUCCUCACUCCGCUGUGGGCACCGCUCAGCGCACUCCUGGUUACAAGCACCGUCUGCGCCGCUCUCACACUGCUGUGGCAGAAACUGUUCACUGUCCUUUCCACGGCUGCAGUAGGAGCCGCCGUGGUGACGGCAUGUGUGGACUACUAUGUGGAAACGAUGCUGCUGUUUGGCAACGUGUACAGCGUCCUGUCUCAGGUGCCCCCUCACCCCCUCUGCUGGUACAGCUGGGUUAUUACAGGCGUGUGUCCCCUAUUGGGCUUGAUAGGGAUGCUGGUGCAAUGGAUGCUUACUGCCAAGGGAGUGUUCCACACAGAAGUAUCGUUGUGUGGACGACAAAGGCAGGUGAACCUGAUGCGUAUCAGACAGAGAGAUGCCCAGAAACCAACCCUGCAGGGCAUCAAUCGAAACCGCAAGCCUCUAAUCUUAAAGCGCUAUGCUGGAGAUGUGCUGGCCCCAAGUUAUAUCCAGAGUCUUCGGGAUCGCCAGACGGGUACCGGCUCCUCCACCAGCAGCAUCGUUAGCAACAGCACCCUCAACCACACUAUUACAGAGUUUGAGACAGGCUCCAUGGUGCCCUUGACCUCCUCCUUACUGGUCUACCGGGUCUGAGGGAAGACCACCGAAACCUCCCGGCUCCAGGCUGACUGUACUUAUUGAGGAGCGGUCUAAUGACUCGUCAGAAUGGAUAGUGGGCUUUUCAGGAUGAGCACAUUGAAGAAAAAAAAUACGAAAAGAGAGAGUGGAAAAAUACACAUAGAGAAACAUAAUAUAUGUGGUAAAGGGGUCAACGAACCUCUGUGGGGAAUAGAAGGACACUUUUCCAUUCAGCGUGCACAGUGUGUUAAAAACGCCAGGAUUUAUUGUAACUGCCAACAAUGUUCUAAAUUCCAGUUGGGAUAUUUUUGGUUGUUUUUGCUGCACAACAUGUACAAGAUGUCUAUUCAGUUUUAGAAGGAGUGACUGCUGACUGCUUCCGUCUGUCUGUAUAUGCUGGUGGCACAGCUAGCAUACAGAAAUCGGCAGUGGUAGUCAGUGUUCUUUUGCUGCAGUUGAUUGGUGACAAUGACAUGGACAAUUUGGCAAUUAGUAGAUGCAUUCCACUGACAUCAGUAUUAUGAAAAACAACACAAAAAUAAUGUGUAGUCCCUUAUCCAUUAUCCCCCCCCCCAUCCCAAAAGUCCAUCUCAUCCCCACUCGAAACCCCAUUCACUCCCACCACCCCAACCAUUCCUAAACCCUUCAACCCUCAAAUGCUUGGAUGAAGGCACCAUCCCUGCACACUAUCCCCUGCAAAUAGAUGUUUUUAGUGGAAGUGGAAAAAGAAGGCCUGUCAUGCUAGUUUGACUUUUGGACAUCAACUGCAAUCCAUCUCUACUCCUCUUCCUCAUUUACUGGAAAAUGUAAUGAUUAGUUUGGAACAAUGCAGAAGAGACCUUUCAUUUCCUUGUCACCCUGACCGUCAUAUUAUAUGGAAUGUAGAGUCAGGCGUUGCUUUGAACACAACCUAAUUGGCGGGAAGUGAAUACAGUAUAAUUAUUGUAAUAUGAGAGAGGUGUCACCAAAGAUCUAUACUGUUGUAUUUUGAUCAGCUUAAAUUGUCUGAGUCAGUGUCUGAGGUUGACUGAUGGGUUGUGAAUGUACCCAGAGCCAUUCUGCCUGUCUGCAACAGAAAUGUCAGUCCCCAGCUACUCCCAUUUUGCCUUAAAAUAAUCAGCAAACGAUGGACAAACACAUUCUCAAAUCUCUCCUGUGAUCAAAAGCAUUAUCUAAGCUUGGAAGGGGUUCAUCUUUUUUCAGGAAACAAUGGUCUGAUGUCAAAGCAUACUCUAAUUUGUUUCCAAGUGGGCAUUUUUCUAUGUAUAAUGAGAUUUUUAUUAUAAACCGACUUCUCAUAUUACUGCACCAACGAAUUGGAGAUCACAAUCCUCACAUUCUGCUGGAAACCAUACAGACAACCGAGUUAAAGACUGGGAGGUCGCUUCCCUUGGCCUGCAUUCCUUGCCAACAAUGAAAACCGCAAUGGACUUAGUCGUGUUUACGUCCUCCAAUAGUUUGUGGUGUGUAUCUCUCAGGUGUACAAUUACUCAUGUAUUUUAAACACUUUCAAAGACAUAUAAUCCAACCCUCACUCCAGUGGGGUUUACCUAAUCUAUGCAUUUUGUAGAUGAUGGCACCCAGAUGUUUAUAAAAAGGAUUCUUAAAAACCUCAAUUGCAACCGAAUUGACUCUUCCCGGCAGGGAUAUGGGGAGGAUUCCCCCAGAAUUGUACGUUUUGCUUUUAGUUUGUCAGUCCUUGGACAAGGAAAAGUACCGCUGAACGAGGAAGGUUCGUUUGUUUUGAAGUUUCGGUCCCCAGGCGUGUGGCCGGAACAGCGCAGUCGUCAUCAUGACAACACGGCUGCGCUGUUCUAGCCAGCUGUUUGAAUCCUGCUCACAGCAUGCCGACGAUGCUAGGGUCCAGCACAGGGUGAGGCGAACUGCACUCAAUUCCACCCAUGGUGGAUGGGGGAAUGCCGAUAAGGCCUUCAUCUUGUUGUGCUCUAGCGACUCUUUGUAGUAGGUCAGGCAUCUGUGAGUUCAGUCAUGGUUUGCUGGCCUGGCAUUCACCUCCAGGUGCAUGGGUACUGGUUAAAACACACUCGUUGAAGGAUUUGUGUGAUAAAAAGCAGAAACAUUAUAAGAGAAAUUGUAAAGGGAGAGCAAAUUUAUAAGAUUUUUUUAAAAAUAAAGAUCGUAUUUUAUGU